CGUGCUACGCUGCUGCCCUGCCAAAACAUUGCUUCAUUCUCUACUAAUUAAUCAGAGCUUCAUUUGUUUUGAUAUUUGCUCAAAUAAAUAUACGAGAAUUUAUCAUGUUUUGAUAUUAAAUCCAAUGAAAGACUUUUCUUCGAGUACUGAGAUAUAGCAGACGAAAUAAUUAUUCUAAUUUAGUGUUAACAUUAGACGAGAGUAAACUGUUUAUCUUUCUUGUGAAUAGUGAAAGCAUUUGUUUUCACACCCCAUGAUAUUAUUAUCAUUCCUGCGACCUUACCUGGUCUCCCCGACUUUCCACAAGCUACAAAAACAGCGGUUGUGCCAAAUAAAUUCGUAACUAGAUAAUAAGUAAACAGUAGUAAGAAGCAUGAAGCCGAGCAGCAUGGGCGGUCGCGGGAUGCCGCACUCUUUGUUAAUGGCCUCCGCGCUAAUCCUGUCAUUAGCCGGCGCCUGUUACUGUGAGCUGACUUUAUCUUCUAAAGACGAGAUUAAAACAGUAUCAAGUUCCCUAGCUCCACCGACUUCACCACUUAAAAAGCUUUACGCGAAACCAUUAGAGACUACAGUGGCCUCGACGACUGCAUCUUCAACUACAAAGAGUAGCUUAAAAAUAACAAAAGCGUACGCUCCGACGGAGAACCCGGCGACCGCGCGCCAUUCAACUAUUAAAGUGUACACAAGCACAAAGGGGGUAGUGAAAAGUGCAAGAAGGCAAAAGUUAAACACUAGUUCUAGUGCCCUCGGCGCCGCGCAUUCACCAGCGAGGCUUCAAGAGCGCCUGGGGGCGAUAGAUUGCGAUCUGGCCGUGCUGCCGCGCGAGUCACGCCUCUGGCGCGGCAACGAGACGCAUGAGCUCAAUCUGCCGGUCACGAUGGCGGAGGAGUGCGCGGGGAGCGGCGGCGGUGGCGGCGGGGGCGCGGCGCCUGCUGCGGCCGACGAGGAGUGCCCCCCGGUCAUCGUGUCGUGGGAGGGCUCUGCCGAUAUUCAGAGCGGAGACAUCCUUAUCGUCCGGAUCGCGGACUCCUUGCUACUCGACACCUUUGGCCAGGUCGACGUCAAGAAUGGCACUCCUGAGGCGAACGUUUCACACGGCGAUGGGGAAAGGAUACAUCGCACGCUGCUGCAGCCAGCCGUGUACCAAGUGACGCGCCAGGGCCACGAGCACUGCGAUGUCUCCGACGGCAUGCUGCUGGACAUCACUCCUCUCGACGAGCGCGGAGCCAAGCUUUUCACGCUGUAUGACAAAGAUCUAACGGAAGGCGUUAAUUUACUCAUAGUUGUUUCUGAAAACUGGAAAUCUCAAUGUGUGCGACUAAAAGUAACGGUGAAGUCGGAUAAUUGUGGUGAGUCUCAAGACUGCUCCGGAAAGGGUGUGUGUUACACUAACGUGUCAAUGGAAGGGUACGAGUGUCAGUGCUGCCCGGGGUACGUGGGCCCGCACUGCGAGGAGCGCGACGCGUGCAAUCCGUCUCCGUGCCUCAAUAACGGCAUAUGUGUCGACCUCACGCAACCUCUCAACGGCGCCAACUACCGCUGUCUCUGCCCUUAUGGUUUUACGGGCAGAAAAUGUGAGCGGGACCCGUGUUACUCAUCGCCAUGUUUGAACGGUGGCUCGUGCAUGAGUAUGGCAAUGAAUGGCUCGACAACUUUCCACUGCGCGUGCGCGGACGGCUGGACAGGCGCGCACUGCGAGCUUUCUAUAACCGGCGGCGCCUGCGCCUCCAAUCCUUGCGUCAAGGGUAUCUGUAUCGAGCACACCGAUAAUGACGCUGACGGACAAGAUUAUCGCUGUUUCUGCCAGCCUGGUUAUACGGGCGAUCGGUGCGAGUUGGAGUAUAAUGAAUGCGAGUCGUCGCCGUGUGCCAACGGGGGUACCUGCAUCGACCGCGUCGGCGGGUUCGCAUGCUCUUGCGGGCGCGGCUACUCCGGCAACACGUGCCAGCUCAAGGUGGACCUGUGUGCUCCGAGUCCGUGCCCCGCGCACCGCAUCUGCCUGGACCGCGGCAACAACUACGCGUGCGAGUGUCCCAUGGGCUUCGUGGGAGACGAGUGCCACAUCCCUACAAGAUCUGCAUGUGACAACAAUCCCUGCGCGCACGGCGGUACGUGUUGGAGUGGGAUCGAGUCUUUCUACUGCUCCUGCCGACCGGGGUAUACUGGCAAACUAUGUGAAGAGGACUUCAUCCUCGAAUCCGUGGUGGGCAGUGAAGGUGGUAUGGACAUAGAGCCUCGCCGGGGCCGGUUGGAGAGCACCGGCGGUGGGUCUGUGCGUGAAGUGCGCAUGCCUCUGGGCUUGUACCACGAUCGUCUGCAUAACGUGUACAUAGCUGCUGGCACGCUCGGCGCAGCCAUCGCUAUUGUUGGCGUCGUGGUGACGGCGUGCCACUGCCGCGUGAACAAGACGUACUCGCGGCUGCUGUCGCGGCUGUCGCGCGUGGCGGAGCCGGGCCCGCCGCACCACUGGCUGCAGGACAAGCGCGCGCCCCCCGCCGCCACGCCCUUCCCGCCCCCCUCCAACACCCUCGACACCACCGACAUGUACUACACCCUCGACUUCAGCGACAGUCAGAGCUCGCCUCUCAUCCAAUAGCAAUCAUUCCAGAACUGCUCCGAAGGGGAACGGUUCAAAAUACAGAUCUAAGUAGAAUAGGCGAUGAGCCCUGUCCCACCUUUGUGCGCUUCGACUCUCCGUAACAGUCCUGCGUUACUUCGCAUAUUUUAAAAUCCAUUUCGGACAAUUAAAUAAAAUGCAUUGCAUUUAAUGUGCCAUUAUAGAAAGUAAAAUAUUUAUCAUAUCUAUUUUGGAAUGUGAAAGUGUUGUUAGCGAUUACCUUUUUUUCAAUAAACAAAGUUUUACGCCAAAGUAUAAUAAUUGCGUGGGAGAUACCGUAACUAUCAGCAAGGUGAAGCCAUUAACUCGUGGCCUCGAGACGCAAAAAUACGUACCUAUAGUUUAUGAUUAUAGCCGUAGUAAAUUAUGUAGUGUCCCGCUGUCAUGAGAAAAUUUCAAUAUUCAAUAAUUUAUUUGAAUUUUUGUAAUGAUGUAUCAAGUACCUACUAAUUUUUAAACGUUUAGAUGAUAUCAAAUAAUAUACCAUUUUAGAUCAAAUUGUACUUUUUAUAAGUUAUCUUAUUAAUUCAAUCAAAGUUUUAAAACAAGAAAUCUAGGUUUUCCGCGUAACUACUAUUAUAUGGCUAAUAUAGCUGUAAGUAUACGUAAUUCUAUACUAAGUGGGCGUGAUCUUAUUAAAAUGUUUUAGAAUUUAUUGUAUUACCGUUCUAGUAUUUUAUAAGCAGGCUUCUGCAGGUAUUAAGCUAAUAUGCUUUAUCACAGACAUAAUUUUCAAUAGUUUUUUGGAUCUAUAUUAUUAUAUUAAUGUAUGAUUACUCAAGCAAUAGUUUCUGCAGUUAUUUAAAUAGAUAGGCUUUCGUAGAAUGAAAUAUAUGAUCAUUUAUUGACUAGCUCGAACAUUUGGAUUUCUUUAUAUUCACACUAAGUGCCUGUCGGAACGUUGGAGACGCUUUACAUUUAUCUACGAUUUUGUUUCAUUUCAAGAUAUCACAAAUAAUUAAAACUGAAUCAAUGAAUGUGUUUGUGGUUGUUGAGGCUAUGAAUAUUCGACUGAUCUUCAGCUUAGAUGUUUCACAAACCUUUUCUCUAGCUUGCUUUCCGUGUCUGUGCAGAGUAUCUAGAAAUGUUUUUUGACUUCGUGCUUUAUGUUUACAAGGGCAAAUAAGGUCCUUUUUAUUAAAGUCAUCUAAGUAAAAAAGGAAGUAAGAGACACUAUUUAAGUAGUAAGUUGCUAUAGUUGCCUGAGUGUAAGUUAUUGCUCUUAUCUCAUCGGAUUUUUAAGUAACGUAUCUAGUCUUACUUCAAGUCUUUGUCUUGACGCUUUCGUAAACUUUGAAGCUUUUAAAUGUACAGAAUAAUAUAAUUACAAAUUGUUAACGUAAAAUAUUAAGAUUAAUUAAAUGUAACUAUUGAAGUUGCAA